ACUAGUUUGUCCCCCAUCGCCUCCGGUUCGCUUGCGUUCUUUCCCGCGGGGCGGCAAAGGGGUGGGGUGAGGCGGGCGCGGUGGCUGGAGUGCCAGGGUGACCGGUAGUGCAGCAGCGGAGGUGGUGGUGAGGCUCAGGGCGAGCCGGCGGAACGGAGAGGGAGAAUUGGUGGUGCAGGAUGGCGGCGACGACUUACGAGCGGCUGAAGCUGCAUAUUACACCUGAAAAAUUUUAUGUGGAAGCUUGUGAUGAUGGAGCAGAUGACGUACUUACCAUUGACCGUGUGUCCACAGAGGUCACCCUUGCAGCCAAGAAAGAUGUUCCUCCUUCAGCUGUCACAAGACCAAUAUUUGGUAUACUGGGCACAAUCCAUCUGGUGGCAGGUAAUUAUCUUAUCGUCAUUACCAAAAAGACAAAAAUAGGUGAAUUUUUCAAUCAUGUAAUCUGGAGAGCAACAGAUUUUGAUGUCCUUUCUUAUAAGAAGACAAUGUUGCACUUAACUGAUAUUCAGUUACAAGAUAAUAAAACUUUCCUUUCGAUGCUGAACCAUGUCUUGAGUGUGGAUGGGUUUUACUUUUCAACAACAUAUGAUUUGACCCAUACUUUGCAGCGGUUGUCCAACACCAGUCCAGAAUUCCAAGAAAUGAGUCUCUUGGAACGGGCAGAUCAGCGAUUUGUAUGGAAUGGUCAUCUUCUAAGAGAACUGUCUGCUCAGCCAGAGGUUCACCGUUUUGCUCUUCCAGUGUUACAUGGUUUUAUUACUAUGCACUCGUGUUCUAUCAAUGGAAAAUACUUCAAUUGGAUUCUCAUCUCCAGGAGAAGUUGUUUCAGAGCUGGCGUGCGUUAUUAUGUAAGAGGAAUUGAUUCUGAAGGCCAUGCAGCUAACUUUGUAGAAACAGAACAAAUUGUUCACUAUAAUGGGAGCAGGGCUUCAUUUGUACAGACUCGAGGAUCAAUCCCUGUUUUCUGGUCCCAAAGACCAAACCUCAAGUACAAACCACGGCCGCAGAUCAACAAAGUAGCAAAUCAUAUGGAUGGUUUCCAAAGGCAUUUUGAUUCACAAGUAAUUAUUUAUGGAAAACAAGUCAUAAUCAAUCUGGUAAACCAGAAGGGCUCAGAGAAACCACUUGAACAAACAUUUGCAACAAUGGUGUCUUCCUUGGGAAGUGGAAUGAUCAGAUACAUUGCCUUUGACUUCCAUAAGGAAUGUAAAAAUAUGAGAUGGGAUCGUCUAAGUAUUUUAUUGGAUCAGGUAGCAGAAAUUCAAGAUGAAUUAAGUUAUUUUCUAGUAGACUCUGCCGGCAAAGUGGUGGCAAACCAGGAAGGCGUGUUCCGCAGCAAUUGCAUGGAUUGUCUAGAUAGAACCAAUGUGAUCCAGAGUUUGUUAGCUCGUCGGUCUCUUCAGGCCCAGCUUCAGAGACUAGGCGUUUUGCACGUGGGACAAAAGCUUGAAGAACAAGAUGAAUUUGAGAAGAUUUAUAAAAAUGCCUGGGCUGACAACGCAAAUGCUUGUGCCAAACAAUAUGCAGGAACCGGUGCCUUGAAGACUGACUUUACCAGAACUGGGAAGAGAACUCAGUUGGGACUCAUAAUGGAUGGUUGGAAUUCACUCAAACGAUAUUACAAGAACAACUUUUCUGAUGGAUUUAGACAAGAUUCCAUAGACUUAUUUCUUGGGAACUAUUCAGUGGAUGAAUUAGAGUCUCAUAGUCCUUUAAGUGUUCCAAAGGACUGGAAAUUCCUGGCUUUGCCUAUUAUUAUGGUUGUUGCCUUUUCGAUGUGCAUUAUCUGUUUGCUUAUGGCUGGUGACACUUGGACAGAAACACUGGCUUAUGUACUUUUCUGGGGAGUUGCAAGCAUUGGAACAUUUUUUAUUAUUCUUUAUAAUGGCAAAGAUUUUGUUGAUGCUCCUAGAUUGGUCCAGAAAGAAAAGAUAGACUGAAUUUGUGUUUGUGGAAAGCGGCUUGGCUUGGAAGAUUCCAUGAUACAGAACUGGAGUCUUUACUGACCCGCUUUCCACAUCAGCCGCUGUCUUUUUAAAGCCUUUAUCCAAAAGCACCUCUUGUGCUCUGUGUGGAAUGAUGACUUAGAAUUGAUCGGAUGUUACUGCCUUGAUGAUCUCUUUGCUGUUGGGAUGGUUAUAUUUAUAAUUUGAAGCUAUAUUAUAAUUGAAAAAUAACCUGAAUUCAGCUCACAGAAAAGAAGGACUCGACUCAUUGUCAAGUUAAUCAGCUGUUGCAGAUGAUUAAUAUAUUUUAAAAAAUUAGCUUCUUUCAUUAUUUAAAACAGUAAAAUUAUUUUUCUAGCUCUUUUGUUAUUGUCAUUGUAGGUGCAGUCACCGUUAGCAAGAUACUUUGCCUCACCUUUGGACUUUUCUUCAAAGUUUAAUAAUGAGCUAACUCUACCAUGUCUAUAAAAUGUAAGUCUCUUACUUACAUCAGAUAGCUUCAUGAUAUAGUCUGUGACUUCACAGGAAGGUGGAGGAGGAUGGGGUCUGGGUUCUUCAGUUUCCGGUGGGCUGCCUCGGCCUCAGUCAGCUUGAGCUACUGCAGUGCACCAGCAGUUUACGUGUAAUGAAGGGUCAAGACAGACUUCUGUCUUCUUUACCAGUUGUGAAUGGAAUCAAAGAAUGGAAAGUCUCUUUCUUAUGCUAAAGGUCCAAAGCCUCUACUUUUUAAGAAUUGCCCCAUUGUAGGAAAUACCCUUGACUAGCCAGCUGCUUCCUCCUGUACAUUUUGAUUUCUUUGGGGGUUAUUCAUUGAGACCCAGAGGCCUCUGAGGGGGUGUCGUGCUAGAUCUGAUAUUGCACUUGGGGCAACAGCUGCUUUUCCACGCAUGUUAUUGCUUUUCUCUCUGUCACAUUUUUUUUGUUGGCUAUCAAUAAGUGUGUCUAAAAUUUAGUGCUUCCAGGUAGUUAUAGUUCUCCAAAUCAAGGACCAACUUCAACUUCAAUUCAUGUGCAAAAACAAACCUGAAAAAUAUGCUUCAGAAGCUGUGCAUAGUUGUAAUUGUAAGUCAGAUUGUAUAUUCAAAUUGUAAUUAUGAGGUUUAGAUAAUAGUACAGUAUGUAAGGUAGUGUAAUUACCACUAUUUUGAAAUAAUUUGAUUAAACACUGCUAUAAUAUUUCAGUGUUUUGCUUGAAAAUAUGUACAGGUUUUUUCCUUAUGUUGUCCUUAAAUAUUUCUAAAAGCGCCUUUAUUUUAGCAUUAUCUUUUUCAACAUAAUCUUUUAUAAACAUUAAUAAGAAUUGUUGCUUUUAGAAACUCUGAAAGAAAUAAUAGCUGGGAAAAUGCUGUGUAGCUUAAAAUCAGUCAUUAAAACUCACAGUAGGGUAAGUAGAUAGAGCCACCUAUUCCUAACAUGUAAAUAAGCAUAAUUUGUUCCAAAGAUGGAAUAUUGACACAUAGCUCAUGUCUACUGUAAUAUAUUAUCCAAAUGCUACUGGGCAUUUCACAGUAAUGAUGUGACACCAACUGCAUCAAAGACCAAAUCUGAACCGCUAAUGUGGCUGCUUUGCAGGGAAUGGACUUAUUGGUAUGUUAGGUCAUAAGCUAUCAAUAUUUCAGAACCCUGCAAUGAUUUUAUUUCUUAAUUCAUGUACUGUACAUCCAUAAGUGAAAAUAAAAUGUCAUAUUCUUUUCUAA